AUGGUGAAUGCAGGAUACGCUGCCCCAGGUGUCGCCAGGGCCGCAGCAGUACCACCUCCACCACCCCCCGCGACUGCAGCUGCAGCUGAAAAGGUCAAAGAGGGGAAGUUUGUUCCGCCUUCACCACCGAGAGUCAUCAAAGAUAGGAAUGGUGGAUGGAGAUAUACACGUGUAGGCUUCUUGGGCGAGGGCGGAUUCGCUCGAGUCUACGAAGUCCAAGAUCAGAAUGGAAACCAUAAAGCCAUCAAAGUGGUCGCAAAACAGUCUAUACGAUCAAAGAAAAACAAGACAAAGCUCUGGGCAGAAAUCAAAUUGCACCAAAUGUUAUCGCAUCCUCAUAUAGUGGCGUUUGAAGACUGUUUCGAGGACGAGGAGAACGUUUACAUGGUACUGGAGUUGUGCGAACAUGGAAGCAUGAUGGACCUCUUGAGACGGCGGAAACGAUAUACAGAAGCUGAGACACGAUACUACGUCCUUCAAAUCAUCGCUGCGUGUCAGUACAUGCACUCCACCAAUGUCAUUCAUCGAGAUCUCAAAUUGGGAAACUUGUUCUUGGACGCAGAAAUGAAUAUAAAAGUUGGGGAUUUCGGAUUGGCAGCUUUGAUAGAGAAGCCAGGCGAUAGGAAAAAGACAAUCUGCGGGACGCCAAAUUAUAUCGCCCCUGAGGUUCUGUUUGAUACGGCCAAUGGGCAUUCGUUCGAGGUCGACGUAUGGUCUGUCGGAGUCAUCCUAUACACUCUGCUCAUUGGUAAACCUCCAUUUCAAACAAAAGACGUCAAAGCGAUCUACAAGCGUAUACGAGAGAACCGAUACGACUUCCCUGAGGACAAGGCCAUCUCAGAUUCAGCCAAAGACCUCAUUUCUACCAUCCUCAACCCAAAUCCAGACAAACGACCCACCCUUGAUGCCAUUUUAACCCACCCCUUCUUCCUCUCCGCUCCCUUCCCCGCUCAGAUUCCUCUCACAGCCAACGAUGUUGCGCCUGAAUUCCGACAUGUAUCAAGCACGCAAAGUCGCCGGAACUUCCAGAUGGCACUGCAACGUUCCAAGGUUGGCGUGACCUUGCCAAUUCUUACGGAUGCCACACGUCUAAAGACUGCAUUGGGUCCGUCGAUCCUGCAGCAGGAACGAGACUUCAAAAUGGCGGUCCAACCCAACAGUCCGAUCUCUGCUUUACUCACAUCUGCACGUCAACCCUUGGUUCAAGCACCGACACAAAUCAAAGAGCCAUCCCUAUUGCGCAAGCUCGAAGCCGCUGGCGCACAUGCUACACUCAGUCCAGCUCGACGCGGGCACGCCAGUGUCAAACCUGGGUCCUCGCUAGGUCCAAAUCGUCGUCAUAUGGAUCGUUUGGGCGAAGAGGAGGCAGAGGAGAUCAUGGAGGAAGACGAGGAGGACGAAGGUAUGCCUGGGCCUCAUGAGCGAGAGGGUGUACAUGAUGAUCCCCUUGCGAGAGAAAGAGAGGUGGCCAAUCAAAAGGCUCGGAUCGUCUCUGGUAUGACGCCGCGAAAGGCAACAGCGGCACGGACAACAGAGGCACGAGCAUCACCGAGACGGCCAAUGUUGGCGCCUGCGAAGACCAUGUCUGCUCUGUCACUGGGCCCUCCGAAUGGAUACGACGCGAAGCCGAGUGCACCGCUCGCGAAGCCUGUACAGAAGACUAGCUUGUUCGAUGUGAUUGCUCAGACUCUUGAUACUGCCAUGUCGUCCGAACGUCCGUUCAAGUCACCGCACAUUGAGCCGAAUCCUGAGGCGCCUCGCGUGUUUGUCAUCUCUUGGCUCGACUACUGCACGAAGUAUGGUAUGGGAUUCGCAAUGACGGACGGGACGGUCAGUGUCCACUUCAACGACUCCACCUCUCUUGUCUGGGCACCUGGAAAGAAACACUUUGAUCACGUUGAACCUGCCUCGAACGGGGAGAUCAUCCGACGCAACUAUCCCAUCGAAGAAUACCCUCGGGACCUCAACAACAAGGUCUACUUGCUCAAGCAUUUCGAAGGGUACAUGUUGGAGCGCUUGGUCGGAAACUACGACUAUGUGUACAGUGAUCGAGAGUUGACAAAAGGCAUGGUGUUCGUUACGAGGUACCUGCGGAUGAAGCACGUCAUCUUGUUCCGGCUGUCGAAUGAUGUCUUGCAGUUCAACUUUUACGACCACACCAAAUUGAUUUUAUCCCGCGAGGGAAACGUGGUGUCGAUCAUUGACAAGUCUUACACCCUCCGAACUUGGAGCCUGGAAGCUCUGCUUACUCCACUGGCAGACGAUGUGUCGCCCAGGGAGAGAAAGAGGAUCGAAGGUGUUAUUCAUAAACUCAGCUAUGCCAGGGACGUUUUGCUCAAAAUCCGAUCUCAUAGUACGAGCAAGCCUCGGCCGGAGGGUGGGGUUGGAUCCGCACCUGUCUCAAAGACUGGCUCAUCGCCAGUGAAGGAGAGGGAUCUUAGGCCUAUUAGGGGAUAG